CUGCGAUUGGUUUCCGUAUGCAGCAAACAAGCAACGUCACAAUAUGGCCUCUGCCCUGGCUGGUUUCUGCUUUGUAUAGAUGAGCUGAUGAGGUCUAGUGAGGAUUGAACCCACUUGGCCAUGUUCGUGUCCCGUAAUUUGUGAAGUGGAUUAAUCAUCGCUGUUAUUAGUCCUUAGCAACAUUUCUAAAUUCUAAAUUAUAAAGACUUAUAUUGUUCAUAUGUUACACAACAUGUCGUUACAAAAGUGUGUACAAAGUAGCGAGUAUGUAGUUGGUGGUAAAUACCGUUUAGUUCGUAAAAUCGGUAGUGGUUCUUUUGGUGACAUUUAUCUAGGAAUCAAUCUUGGUCAUGGAGAGGAAGUUGCAGUUAAAAUGGAACAUGCGCAUGCGCGACAUCCACAGCUAUUAUAUGAAAGUAAAUUAUAUAGAAUUUUACACGGCGGAGUCGGAAUUCCACACGUCAGAUGGUACGGCCAAGAACGAGAGUACAACGUUUUAGUAAUGGACCUGCUAGGGCCUUCGCUCGAAGAUUUAUUCAAUUUCUGUUCGCGAAGAUUCACAAUCAAGACUGUUCUGAUGCUGGCUGACCAGAUGAUAGGACGUGUCGAAUUUGUCCACUGCAAGUGCUUCAUCCAUCGAGACAUCAAGCCCGACAACUUCCUCAUGGGCAUUGGUCGACACUGCAACAAGCUCUUCAUAAUUGAUUUCGGGCUUGCCAAAAAAUACAGAGAUUCAAGAACCAGGAUGCAUAUAACCUACAGAGAAGACAAAAAUCUCACUGGAACUGCCCGAUAUGCAUCAAUCAACGCACAUCUCGGCAUUGAACAAAGUCGCAGAGAUGACAUGGAAUCACUAGGAUAUGUUAUGAUGUAUUUUAAUAAAGGCAGUUUGCCCUGGCAAGGAUUGAAGGUAGGCCUAAUGGAAAAAAUUUAUAGCCUGCAUUGGUUGGGCUUGUAUCUCUUGGUUGGAUUCAGAAUGUUCCCCAUUACAGCUUUCAUUGGGUUGAGUGAUCACUUGGGACUCAUUUUCAACUGGCCUGACAUUACUGGGUUUCCGGCGGAAUUCACGAUGUACCUAAACUACACGCGCGGCCUGCGCUUCGACGAGGCGCCCGACUACAUGUACCUGCGCCAACUGUUCCGCAUCCUGUUCCGCACGCUCAACCACCACUACGACUACAUGUUCGACUGGACCAUGCUGAAGCAGAAGGCGGGAGUGCCGCCCGCUGUGGCGACGGCAGGCGGCGCCACCGGCGACCAGGCCGCCCAGGGUGCAGCCCAGGGCCAGCCGCCCAUCGCCGGUGAGAAGGAUAAGUAG